AUGUCUUCAAGUAGCUUUCCAUCGAUCAGCUCCCUCUUGAACAACUCACCUACCAAGCCGUAUCAACAACUCCCCUCCCAUUCAGAGAUUCAUGCGAAAGAAGAGCAGCGGUCGCCAGGGCCUGCUUCAACCCUCAUGAGCAUACCUUCAGUACACCAGCCAGGUACUCCACGUUUGACUUUUCGGGAGCCAGUCGAGCCUACUGUAAGUGUGGAGAGUUCUCCGAGCUCAAUAGCAGCAUCAGCAAUCAUCACUCCGAACAUUCCACUCACUGCGCUCAUUUAUUUCCAGCUACUUAGCGAAAUCAGCCUCGAUGAUACCGACAUGAAUCUCCAGCAACCGCCGGAUAUAUACUUUGGCGACGAUCCCUUCGACAUGGAUGCUCCGAACGUGGAGGGCAACCUACCUACUCAGAGUCUACCACAUCCGGUGUCGAGUUCGCAGUUUCUCCUAGCAUCUUCUCAAUUUACCUUUAUUGCUUCCCUCGUCAAGAUAUGCACCAGCGCCGCUCUCAAGCACUACCACUCCCUGCUCCCUCCACCCAGCGUCUACAUCAACGUCGAGCAAAACCUCCCGCAACUGCCAUUCUCCACAACCAUAAAACUUCACCCGCAGGAAACCCCUCAGACGGCCUUGCUGUGCGCCGAAGCAGCUGAGGUAGCCCGAGCCGUCGACGCCAAUCUCUCUUUGACCGGUGUCCUGGACCUCAUCAGCCACGCGACUCGUGGCGGCGAUUCGGCAUCUCCGCCAGAGCAGCUGCUUUGCGAGAGCCGGCAUGCUGCUCGCAUGGCGCCCUUGUGGGAGCUGGCCAAUGGACUGUUGGACAAGCUGAGUCGGGUUGCACAAGGCGCCACGCUGCACCCGCUCAUUCUCAACUCUACGCGCCACGCGGCCGAGGCGUUCUGCAGGAAGCUCGACGAUGAAGAAGCGAUGCGACAUGUCCGCUCUGUCAUCCCUGACUUGUGCUUGGAUGUCAUGCUGGCAAAUGGCGAGUGGAUUUGA